AUUGGUCAGUUGUGUUUUGUCACUUGGCAGUUCGGCAGGAACGUGACGUGUCGGUGUUUUGUGGCAAACGAAGGAGUUCACUGCAGUGCUGGAAAAGCAACGAAACAACCUUUAUUUUCUGUGAAACUACCACUCCCGCAGGACAGUGCGCUUUGCUACACCGGCUCUCCCAAUAUGGGGUCCUUCAAGAAAGAGAAAAAGGAGGAGGAAGAUGGAGCAAUGUUUGCAAUGCUGGAGAAGACUGCCGUACUGCAAGAAUGCCGCACAUUCAACGAAACACCCGUCAAUCCCAAAAAAUGCACUAGGAUCAUGACAAUGAUUCUAUACAUAUUAAAUCAGGGUGAACAACUGAGCACAACAGAAGCAACAGAAUGCUUCUUUGCAAUGACAAAGUUAUUCCAAUCCCAGGAUGUUGUAUUGCGCCGAAUGGUAUACCUAGGCAUCAAGGAGCUUAGUGCAUUAGCAGAUGAUGUCAUUAUUGUUACCUCAUCUUUGACUAAGGACAUGACUGGCAAGGAGGAUUUAUACAGGGCAGCAGCCAUCAGGGCGCUGUGCAGCAUCACUGAUGCCACCAUGUUGCAAGCUAUUGAAAGGUACAUGAAGCAAGCAAUUGUUGAUAGAAAUUCAGCUGUGAGCAGUGCAGCACUUGUCAGCUCACUGCACAUGAUGAAAAAAGCAAAUGAUGUUGUCAAGCGUUAUGUGAAUGAAGCCCAGGAAGCAGUUAACAGUGACAACGUAAUGGUUCAGUAUCACGCCUUGGGAGUCCUCUACCACAUUCGUAAAACCGAUCGUUUGGCCGUGAACAAACUCGUGGCGAAAUUAACAAAAUCAUCGCUUAAAUCCCCAUACGCCGUGUGUAUGUUAAUCCGAAUGACAGCCAAACUUUUAGAAGAAGAAGAAGGCAAUAAUAACUAUCCAUUCUUCGAGUUUAUCGAGAGUUGCAUUCGCCACAAGUCCGAAAUGGUCAUCUACGAAGCAGCGCAUGCAAUUGUCAACCUCAAACGCACAACACCGCGUGAAUUAUCCGCUGCUAUAACUGUCCUUCAGUUAUUCUGCGGUUCACCCAAAGCCACGCUAAGAUUCGCAGCCGUGCGCACUUUGAAUCAAGUCGCCAUCAGUCACUUAUCCGCCGUUACAGCAUGCAAUAUGGAUCUAGAGAAUCUAAUCACUGAUUCCAACAGAUCUAUUGCAACUCUUGCGAUUACCACACUACUUAAAACCGGCGCUGAGUCUUCCGUUGAGAGAUUAAUGAAACAAAUCUCAACAUUUGUCUCUGAAAUCAGCGAUGAGUUCAAAGUUGUCGUUGUGCAAGCAAUCCGCGCGUUGUCUUUGAAAUUCCCGCGGAAACACAGCGUGUUGAUGAGUUUCCUUUCGGCGAUGUUACGCGAUGAAGGCGGGUUGGAAUACAAAGCAUCUAUUGCUGAUACAAUCAUUACUAUAAUUGAAGAUAAUCCAGAAGCGAAGGAAACAGGUUUGGCGCAUUUGUGUGAAUUCAUUGAGGAUUGUGAGCAUACUUCACUAGCCGUGAGGAUUCUGCAUCUGCUUGGAAAGGAAGGACCCAGGACUAAACAACCAUCGAGAUAUAUCAGGUUUAUUUAUAAUCGCGUGAUUCUUGAGAAUCCAACAUUCCGAGCUGCGGCUGUUUCCGCCAUGGCGCAGUUCGGCGCUACUUGUCCGGAUCUCCUGGAUAAUAUUCUUGUUUUACUUGCGAGGUGUCAAAUGGAUACUGAUGAUGAAGUCCGUGAUCGUGCGACUUACUACAGUAACAUUUUGUCGUAUUCUGAUCCGGGAUUGUAUGAAAAUUAUAUUAUUCAGAGUCCGCAAGUUUCCAUCGCUUCUCUGGAGCGUUCUCUAAGGGAAUAUAUACAGGGUGAUGGUUUGACAGCGUUUGAUUUGAAGAGUGUGCCUCUGCAAGCUGUUCCUACACCGAGUGACAUUGCUAAUCAGAAAGCACAGGAAGGUAUGCUCGUUACAAAUACAGCCGCGCAGAAAAAGCCACAAGUUUCACGUGAAGAGAACUUCGCUGCGAAACUCUCGGCGAUUCCUGGCAUUCAACAAGCUGGAAGUUUAUUCCGUAGCUCUGAUGUUGUUGAGCUCACCGAGUCGGAAACUGAAUAUGUCGUGCGUUGUAUUAAGCACUGCUAUGCGAAUUUCUUGGUCUUGCAGUUUGAUUGUUUAAAUACCUUGGCUGAUCAACUUUUGGAAAAUGUCCGUGUACAAUUGGACCCGAGUGAGGGUUAUAAGAUCAUUUCGGAGAUACCGUGUCUGAAGUUGUGUUACAACGAGACUGGAUCGACUUUUAUUGUGUUACAAUUCCCGGAAGAUCUCUCGGCGUCUGUUGCUACCUUUGGGGCAGUAUUAAAGUUUGAUGUGAAGGAUUGUGAUCCCAGCACAGGUCUGCCAGAUUCUGAGGAUAGUUAUCAUGAUGAGUAUAUGCUGGAGGAUUUGGAGAUUACACUUGGUGAUCAGAUUCAGAGGGUUAAUAAGGCCAACUGGGGUUUGGCGUGGGAGGAUGCUGCGAGUAAUAUGGUUGAGAUGGAUGAUACUUAUUCGUUGAGUACGAUGGGCUCGCUGGAGGAAGCGAUUAAGAAUAUUAUUCAGUUUUUGGGGCUGCAGCCAUCCGAGCAGACGGAUCGUGUGCAGGAGGGUAAAACUACACAUACUUUAUUAUUAGCAGGGGUUUUCCGUGGUGGCUUUGAUAUUUUAGUUCGUGCGAAAUUAGCGUUGGCGGAAGGUGUAACAAUGCAGUUGACUGUUCGAUCACCGAAUUCAGAUGUAGUCGAAUUGGUCACCUCCGCCGUUGGAUAAGAAAUGUAUUGAUUUUAAAGUGAAACAUUGAUUAUUACAUUAAUAUCUUUAUUUUUAAUUAAUCAUGUAAAUUAUAGCUAAAUAAUUACCCAUAUAAUUCUUACCAUGCAAA